AUGAAUUUUAUGGAAGGUAAAUAUUAUGAAAUUGGAAUUGUAAUUUUUAAAACAAUUAUAAGUGAAAUAUUGUCUACAAAGGAGAGAAUUAAAUCCAUUUGUUCUCAAUAUGAAAAUGUGACAUUUCUUGAUAAAACAUCAUUAUUGAUUGAUGAAGAAAAUGGUCAAUCAUUGAGAAUAUUGGGAUGUACAUUGUGGACUAAUAUUGAUGAGAAACAUUCUGAGGAAAUUUCACAAAAUGUUAACGACUACAAGAAUAUUACCAUAAUUGACCAAGAAGAUGGUCAGCAACGUCCAUUGAAAACCACAGACGUGACCAAAAUGCAUUUGGAAGAAGUGGAAUGGCUCACAAAGGAAAUCAUUGAAUCCAAAUCCAGAAAUGAAACAAUAAUUGUCUUGACUCAUCAUGCUCCUCUCACCAAACAAACCUCUGAUCCAAGAUUCAAGAAUUGCAAUUUAAAAACUGCCUUUUCCAGUGAUUUACUCUAUUUAAUUGAUAGAAAUCGUAAUAUCAAUCUCUGGGCAUUCGGUCACACACAUUUCAAUUGUAAAUUUAUGAAGAAGAAGACACUCAUUGUGAGUAAUCAGUUGGGAUACAGAAAGGACAAGGUAACGAGUGGAUUUGAUACUGGUUUUUGUUUGGAUGUGCCUUACAAUCAUGACAGCUCUAAAUAG